AUGUUCGGACGGGUGACCUGGGGCAUCAUGGACCCCGACGAACAGGAGAAGAGGUUGGCGUGGAAAUACCUGGACUGCUCGAACCUGGUCGGCGAGCGUGUGCAACUCAGACCUGGAUUCGUGCGUAAGGGGUACCCCGCCAACAUGGAAGCGGUGUUCACUGUUUUGAACAAUCUUGGCACUGCCAGCUCCAAUCAUUACGAUGAGGAGGCGCGCGUGUGCCUCAUGGGCGUGCCUGCGGCUUUUUUUUACCUCACCCGCUUCACGCUGGACACGAUGGAGCGGGACGAGCAUGGCCGUGCCGUGGAUGCAGAGACCGUCAAGAAGGCUCUGCUACCCCAGUACUGGACCUUAUGCAUCGUGGCAGACAAUGAGCUCUCAGUCUUAGUCAACACCCUCAGCUUCCGACAGCAUGCUGAUGUCAAGCGCGAAUUGUCCCGAUCAUCGAAGCUGAUCCGAGGUGGUCUGACAGGGAUGGCUCAGCCGGAGUACGUGGAAGGGAGGCUACUGGAUGGCUUCUUGCUUCUGGCAGCCGGCGGUUCUGGGCAGCCUGAGGGAGUGAUCACCGUGAACCUUUCCUCGCUGCAGAUUGUGGAUAUAGCAGAGGAGGACCUCACCUUCUUCUCAAACCUGGACCGCGUUGACCUCAGCGACAACCAGCUGGGCUACGAACAUCUCUUCGAGCAGAUCACAAGGCUCCCAAGAUUAGGGACGCUGAAUUUGGCCUGCAACUCCAUCAGCACCCUCCAGGUGGGGAAUGGCAUCCUGCAGAGCUUGGAGGUCCUGGACCUAUCCUUCAAUGGCCUGCAUGGUGACGUGCUUGGCCAGCUGGCCAGGCUGCCAAGCUUAGUGUGGCUGAACCUGGCCUCCAACUGCAUCUCGUCUCUUCCUCCGGAAGCAGAGCUGGUGGGGCUGCAGGCUCUAGAAGAGCUCAUUCUCGACUCCAAUGACCUUGUGCAGUUCAUGCAGUGGCGAUCGCUGGACGCCGUUCCACACCUGCGCAAGCUGUCCUUGAUGUCGAACCGGGUGAAGCGCUUGAAGGACGAUGCGCCGGAUACCGCCAGCGGGACGACGUUGUGCUACUUCCCUCGCCUGGAGGAGCUAGACUUGUCCUCAAACGAGAUCACGGGCGUGUCCAGUUUGCCUGUCAUACAGCUCUUUCAGAACUUGAGAGUCCUCCGCCUCACCGACAACCCAUGCACGCGUGGAGGGAACACAGCCGUUCCUUCCAUUCCGCACGUUGCAGUUGUUUGCGAGGACAUCAAGCCUUUCUACAUGAAGGGCAAUGGUUGCUUUGCGAAGGCCGAGAAAAUCCCGGGCAUGAAGCUGAAAAUGGACAGCCGCAAAAUGAAAAAAGUGCGUGACGUCCGCACCUGCGGGGUCUUCAGCCGCCCGAGAAGCAUGUCUCAGCUAGGUGAACUCGAUGAAGAGGCGAACGCCCUGGUCGUGCAGUUAUCAGGCACUAUCAGCAUGAACGCACGUGCCGCAUCUGCCCCGGCAAAAGCUGCGCCGCUGCCAGCAGCGGAGGGCAUGGGCAUCUCGGACGGUAUCCUGAGUGAUGACCUCACGGAGGAAGAGCUGGAUCAAAUCUUCAGGGAGCGCAAGCAGACCAUCGAAAACAGGUUUGAGGAGCCCGUGGAGGAGCCCUCUUCCUUCAUGAAGGAACCCGAAGAUGCCGCGACCAAGGAGAAGCUGGCGCAGCUUAUGAAGCAGAUGAGGCAACAGGAAGAGGAGCAGUCCGGUGUGAGCCAAACUCCGAAGGAGAAGCCGUCGGGUCUCUUCCUCACCGGCCUGGGGGAGGAUGCACCAGAGCCAGUUCGGCAGCCACGGCGCAAGCUGAACACCUGGUGUUUUGCAACGUAA